AGGGUUUCUGAUCUAUUUCCAUAUUUGUGUUCUUUCCAAUCCAAUACCACUGUGUCCUUGCUGCUCUUGUUUGGGGUGUUUUCCUGUCUCUUUUCAUUAAUAUUACUUAUGGUCUCUAUAUUCCAUUUUUGGAAACUUAAUCUAACAUGUUUUUGGGGGUUUUCUUCUAUAUAUCCUUUUGGGUUUCAUCUAUAAUUUGCUUCAUUUAGAACUUCUUUGGGGGUUUUAAAGUAAACCCUCUCCAGCUGGGUUUUCUUCGCUGUCAGCGUUCUUCACAAAAUCUGUAAUCUUUCUGGUGUUGGAGCACUAAUUCAAAUCUUUCCCGGGUGCAGGCAAAGCGAGGACAUGGUGAGAGGGAAGAUUGAGAUUAAAAGAAUUGAGAAUGACACCAGCCGGCAAGUGACCUUCUCGAAACGUCGAAACGGCUUGUUGAAGAAAGCUUAUGAGCUUUCGGUUCUUUGCGAUGCUGAAGUUGCAGUCAUCACCUUCUCUCAGAAAGGCAGGAUCUAUGAGUUCUCCAGCUCUGACAUGCACCAGACUAUAGAACGAUACCUCAAACAUGAAAAUGGAGGGGAAACCAACAUGGUUGAAGCAGAACAAUACGUGCAGCACUUGAAGCAUGAAUCAGCUACUAUGGCCAAGAAGAUAGAGAUCCUAGAAGCUUCUCAACGGAAGCUUUUGGGAAAUGGUUUGGAUUCUUGCUCUGUUGAAGAACUCCAAGAGACCAGUAGCCAGCUGGAACGGAGCUUAUGCAACAUAAGAGAGAGGAAGGCUCAGUUAUAUAUGGAGCAGGGGGAACAACUUAAGGCAAAGAGGUUCCUGUUACAAGAGAAUGCACAGUUGUGGGAAGAGUAUCGUGCAAAGCCGUGGAUGGAGUCUUCAGGUCAAGAAGAAAGCGCUUCUGCUUCUGCAAGCUAUGAAAAAGCAGGAGCUUCUGCUUUUGUAAGCAAUUGGAGCCAAAGAAGCAUGAGUUCUAAGGUGGAGACCGAAUUGCUCAUUGGACCGCCAAGAAUGAACUGUUGUUCGCAUCCCAGUCUGAAGUCAGUAUCAGAUAAAUAAUAAUGCAUGUCAAUCAUCUCUAAAGACAAUGCCAUAAAAAUAAUAUAAACAAGAAAAUAAUGCAGUGGAGACCUAUCUUUGGUAGGCCAUGCUCUCAGAUCAAUAAUAAUAGUACGGUGAAAAUUUAGAGAUCAUUUUAUGUAUAUGCUGAAAGCUUCAUGUUGUAGCACCAUAUUAUUUGCUUACAAUGUAUGAGCAUGGCUGAGGAGGGUGAAUGUGGUU